CUGCCCUCUGCUGGCUGCGGCUCGCCCCGGGUUUGGGCUCAUUGAAAACGCCGAGGGAGGGAGGGAGAGAGAGAGAGAGAGAGAGCUCCCCGUGUCGCCUCCCGUCUCGGCCUUGCCCCGGAGGGGGCAUCGCUUGCUGCACCUGUUGCUUGACUCCGGGCUCGACCCGUCUCUCUCGCAGGCGGCGCGCUGCAAAUCCAGUGCUACCAGUGCGAGGAAUUCCAGCUCAACAACGACUGCUCCGCGCCCGAGUUCAUCGUCAACUGCACCGUGAAUGUCCAGGACAUGUGUCAGAAAGAAAUCAUGGAGAAAAGUUCAGGAAUCCUGUAUCGCAAAUCCUGUGCGUCUUCUGCAGCUUGUCUCAUAGCCUCCGCUGGAUACCAGUCUUUCUGUUCCCCGGGGAAAGUGGACUCCGUUUGUAUCAGUUGCUGCAACACACCACUCUGCAACGGCCCUCGACCAAAGAAGAGAGGAAAUUCCGGCACAGUGCCUAGGGCAGGCAUGAUAACUACUAUUUUGUUCCUUAAAUUGGCUCUUUUAUCAUUGUAUUGCUAAACUUUGAGGAUGCUUUAUUGUCCUGGCAUUG